GAAGGAGAGAAAAAGACAGAACGGAAUUCGUUCUCGAUCAAAAGCAAUCUGGGAAGUUGUCAGGAAAGAAUGUUCCCGGAUAUACUGUGAGUCUUACACCGUUUAGAUUCAUUUCAUUGCCCCGGGUGGUGCCGGUGGAGCGCACAGCAGGGAGGCGCAUUGUUUGUAUGCAAACUGGACGGCAUGGCCAUUGUAUGCGAUUGGGCAUAUAUGGAGCCGCUGCUGGCUCGGAGGACACCGCCCGUCUAAAUUCUCAAGGAGAGUUGCUCUCGGCUCUUUUCUUGCUUUCAUGUGACUUUCUCCAUCUUUCGAAAGUGAUUGGCUUCCUCGCUAUGAGUUGCCUGGAUGUGAUGUACCACCAAAGCUAUGGAGCGCACUACCUCCCCGCAGCUGCGUACAAGGCAACAUACUAUAACCACCAUCAGCAGCAACAACAGAAGAGGUUAAGUGCUUACAACAAGAUGCAGGAGUGUACAGAGCAGCAGGAGCCACCUCAGGGAGGAAUGAGAGGGAUGUUGCAGAGAAAUCAGGGGGUUCAGCAGGGUCCUGCAGCAGCAAUUGCUGAAUCAAGUCCUAGAUCCUCUGCUGAAUCAGAGUUAAAGGACAAUACUCCACCAGCUGAGGCAGAAUACCUGAGCUCGCGGUGUGUGUUGUUCACCUACUUUCAAGGUGACAUUGGAGACGUUGUGGAUGAACAUUUCUCCCGUGCUCUCAGUCAACCAAGCUCCUUUAGUGUUGAGAGCAAGCCCAUUAGAGUGACUGAGGUCACCUCCACAGCCACUAACAACCUAUGGAAAGAUGGUGGUUCCCAUCCUGAUGGUCAGGGCACUUCAUCUUGGAGCAGUCCUUUCCCACCUCAAGUCAGUUCCUGUCUACCAUCGGUUUCCGUCUCAGUCCACCCAGAGUUCUCCUCCAGCCCUGUUUCCUUCAGCCAUCCAGAUGGAGCGCUGUGGGCUAGCCAUGUGCUUUCCCAAGCCAGCAUCCCAUCUCCAGCUUCACUCUCUGACAGCUGGGCCUACAGUCUGAGUCCCCAGGGCACAAGUGGCUAUCCUAACGUUCAUGAUGUCUACCACUCACACCCACGGUCCCAUCCCCACAUCCACACCAGGCACCAUCACCCCAUGCUUCAUUCUUAUUCACCCCACAGCCCAGCUUUGGAUCCCAGAUUCAAUGCAUUGCUGCUGCCGGGUGUUAGGAACCAAAGUCAAGCUGCCACCAGCACUGGUAGCUCUCCACACAGUGAAGGGGGCAAAACAGAGCUAGAUCUCAGUAGCAACAGCCCUAUCUCUGCAGCCUCUGUCUCCUGGACCCCUCAGGCCCUUCACGGAUCCUUGGAGACUUAUGACUCAGCUAUUGAUCAGACCAAGGUGAAGACAUCCAUUUGGUUCUAGUGGAUGAACUAAAGACAGACUAUCUGCUCACACCAAAAAAGAACUAACUAUGUGACCUUAUGGCUGCAUGACCAGCACUGUAAUGUAAAAUGUAGAUGAAGAACACUACCUACAGUUUCAUUUAUGUAUGUGUCCUCACAGUCCUAAUGAAAAUGAACUCAGGCUUGUACUGGUGUGACAAUGAUGCAGUGGUGACCUGUCACAACCCCUCAAAUAAUGACAAAAGUCUACUAGCUGUAGGAAUAGAAAAACUCUUUUGUUGGUGCAAAUCUUUUUGGCUUUUAAUUUAAUGUGAGACCAAGGAGUUCUGUUUAAAGAGCUUGAUUUUGAUCCACAUUAUUGGCUCAUUGUUAAUGUUUGUUACUGUAAAUUUCUUGCUGCGUGUGAAUUGUUUACCGUGCUAAAAAGUUUUUUGGUGAAUGAUGUAUGAAAACCGUUGCUUAACUGAUUUCUAUGCUUAUUUGUUUUCAGAAAUGUGUAAUGUAAAUACAGUUGCUUUAUGUUGAAGUAAUAAAUUAAUUGAAAAAA